ACAUACAUGAAGCUUUCUAGUGUUACAUAAUAAAAUAAGUGAUUAGGCAAGUGAUACUAAAUCAAUAAUACACUCAUAUGCAGCAUAUUUCCAAUUCUUAAAUAUAUUGAUUAAUUGAUUGAGUAGGAUUUUAUUAAUGGUGUCGGCCACAUCCUCUUUCGGCUUUGGACACUAAAGUUUAGUGACUAAACUGAUAAUGGAAUAUUAUAUUACAUUCGAAUAUGCAUUUGCUGGACUUCUUUGCACUUGAGCUUCAGGUAAAAAUUGCCAUACCCAAAUAUGGUAUUAAAAAUGUAUGUGUGUUUGUAUGCUGUAGAUACGUAUGUAUGUAGUUUAGCUUUGCAAAAAUAUGGCAUGAGUCAAGAAUCUGAUUCGCGAAAGCUGCAAUCUAAUAUUAACCGAACCUCUCGCAAAAAAGCCUCGCAACAAACUACAUAUGCACAUACACAUAUAGAAACAGACACAACUCCGAAAUUUUACCUCUGAUACAUACAUAUAUUACUUGACCUUGUGAUAGAAAACUAGUGAAAAUAUAGGCAAAUAAGUCUUGACUAACUUGUCUGUAUCUGCAUGCAAGAUAUUUGUUAAUAGCAAUCGUUAGUAAAUUAACUUAACUACAAAAUGCUGGACGAAUUACCAGAUGUUGUAAGUAGAUCAAUCGUUGAGCUCUUGGACAUUCAUGAAAAGCUGGCACUUCGUCUCACUUGCACCUCUACCAUGGACUGGGUGACGACGAAAGAUUUUAUCAAAAAGUUUAAGGUGAAAAUCACCUCGAAUGAAGACCUCAUCUCUUGGAUAACCAGAUGCGAGUUAUUUUCAUCCGAGGAUAUUUGCGACAUUUGCAACAGCUUCUGCUUUCAACAAGACUUGAUAGAGUACGACCAAUCGUUGCUGACUGAAUUCUUCUCCUCAUUCCAUGCCCAAAUUGAUACCCUAGAGUUGAAAUACUGUUCUGCUAAAGAUGACGCAUUUUGGAAGAUUCUCUCCCACCUGGACAACUUGACAUCGUUAAUCAUUCAAGAAAUGGAUGUCUCAAACUGUGAGGACGAAGACUUUCAAGAUAAAGCCAGCUUUAGGAUUGAGCUGGAUCACCUAAGGACAUUUUCCGUCGAGCAACUCGUAUUCUGCAAUCCUGGAGACCUUCGAGCAUGGGAAAAGAUUGUAAUACUAUUGGACAUCGGAAGCACCCAUGUCGUCACAAUUCCAAAGCCACGAUACAAAGGGAACGAUAGCUGGGUGACCUGGCCACAAGUGAAAGCACUCCAAUGGGUUCUUAUCGCAGAACCUAUGCUCCAUUAUUUGAAUGGUUGUCCCAAAGGUCACAAAAUCCUUCUCAAUGUCAUACAUUUAGUGCCCAUUCACUUCGGGAGGUUGGCGGAACGCUGCAUGGCGAUGAACGAGGCUGGGUGUGACAUUUACUUUAACAAUGUCCACUCUAAUCAUGUCAAAUAUGUGUUCCUGCUGGCUGGAAAUGAACACGAGGAAGAUUUUCUGGGUCGAAUCGUAUCUAUUCGAGAGAAGAUAGAUGAUCGACGUCCUCUCCGGAGGUGGACGGCAUUGGAGGAAUUGUCCAUAAAAACGAGUCGAUGUGACGUACGAAAUUCUUACGAGGGAGGGGACUUAGUAUUUCCUCAAUUGAAGAAAAUUGAAAUUGACUUUGACUCUGUGUCGAAGGAUGACCCAGGAUUCGUGGCUUUGUACAGAGUUAUCAAUUUGCUCUUAAAAGUUAAGAGGACCAGCGUGGAAGAAGUGGUACUGAAAUGGGGUCAACACUUACACGACACACCAUUAAGUGUUGUGAAUUUUCGCGAAAUCAAAGAUAAUUUUAGUUCGCUUCGGUCAUUCGUUGUCAUUUCUGAUGGGGUUGUCAAAAGGAUUGUUUGACACUGAUAAGCAAUCUAUUGAACAUGCGUACAUUGUAAAUUAUGCAUAAUUGAGAUGCAUUCUUUUCGGAUUUUUGUUAAGAAAUUAUUAAUAUAUGUACACUAAAUAAAGUUAUAAUUAAGGGAAUUUAA